ACACCUGCAGGUUCUGCAAUCUAGAACAGUAAACAACCUCACAACACAGCCAGCUCAUCAGCAUGACGGAAGAACACACGCCAUGGGGGGAAACGAAAGUGAACAUGGCGGACGUCCAACCUCUCGACUUCGUGACGGUAAAAGCCGUCCUGCCGACGAUACCCCUGCCGGCUCACGCCUCGCGGCAACCCAUCAUCACCGAGCGUCUCGUCCUGCGGCCCAUCUCCCCAGAUGAUUUGCAGUCGCUGCACGUCCUGCGCACGCAGCCAGAGGUCAUGAGGUGGUCGGCGGCCGGCCGCGUUGACGCGGACGUGGACGAGACGCGGGCCAAGCUAGCCGAGUGCCUGCCACCCAACGACGCCGACAACUACGACUUCUCCAUCUGCCUGCGGUCGACAGGCGAGUGGAUCGGCAUCGGCGGCUGCAAGCAUCUCUCUGGCGGCGAGCUUGGCUGGCCCGAGAUCGGUUACAUGCUUCGUAAGGACUUCUGGGGCAGUGGCUACGCCACCGAGUUCGUCCAGGCCUUCCUCGAAGCCUGGUGGUCUCUGCCCCGCUCGGAGCGCGAACUCAGCGUCGACGGGGCCACCGUCCGGGGGUGGAGCGGCGGCGAGGCAACUGUGGACGAGAUCAUGACCGCCGUGACGGAGCCGGACAACGUUGCCAGCCAGAAGAUCCUGGGCAAGUGGGGGUUCCGGAAGCUCAAGGUGUGGAAGGAAACUAGCGAAGACGGGGGAAAGGAGACGAUACUCAUUGGUCACGGCAUCGGACGGUCGAAACAAUAGCCCAGAAAUACCACAGUUUGUUGUAAAUGAGGAUGAGGGUAAGUUACUCAACCUCAAACGAACGGAACGAACGGGCUCAUCCCGGACUUUCGAACCUCGCCCCCUUCCCGCCCUUCGGAGCUUGUACGACCGACAUGGAAGGCAGGUGUGGUAAUUGGGUCCCGAAUACAUCGAGGACAGGCUCAAGAAGUUACUCUCGGCUGUCUAUGCUCGGCCAUUUUGAAUGUUCCAAGCCGCUUAAGAAGGAGUGCCGCUGACGGCGGCAGUGGUGCCAACGGAUCGCGGCAGACGGCGACAUUCGGACAUUUCGCAUCGUCCGCCAUUUCCCCGACAU